AUGGCGUUCAGUCGGCAAGAAUUGAAAACCAUUUCGAUUAUUCAGCUGGUAAUGUCAGUUAUCCUUUUUGCACUCGGCAUCGUGGACCAUUUUGAAGUACGUUACACAUACCUCAGCCAUUUGUUGAUGCCAUGCUGGAUAGCAGCUCUUGUAAGUACACGUGCCCAGAACAUCGAACUACGGGUGUUUUAUUGCCUACGCUCAUGCUUUUGACACGGUUUAAAUACGAGAAAUUCGAAUUUCAUGGCGAAGAUGUAAAACUCCUUUCUGCUGGUGCUUCUCUUCGUUUCAAUAAUCCGACCACUGCGACUAAAUUUCACACAACCCUCACAGCUACUUUCAUUGGGGAAUGCAGGUUGAUAAUGGCGCUCAAUAUUUAGCUUAAGAGCUAGCGAUAAGUGCUAUAAGGUAUGGUGUUCAUAAACCGAAUACAAAUAUUAUUACGGCGGCGAAAAUUAGAUAGGGAAGCGCAAUCCGUUAUUCUAGGAAAAAUAAAAGUUGAGACUACAGAAAAAAGAUAGAAUUGUUUAUAUUGCCGUAGAGGAAUUAAUUUUAUAAGCGGAUAGGUCGUGAUACCGUACAAAAUUAGUUGACUGUUCCGAGAAUUGCACUGCAAAUGGGCCAAUUUUUCGUAUUUCUGUUUAGAAGGCCAAUUUUUUUUUAAGAAUGGGACUUGUACUAAACGAUGAAAACCUUUGCUAAACGUACAGAACACCUUUCCAUUGUUUUCAAACGCCUUAUGAUCGACUUCCGCUCUUGUCGACUCAUUUGGACUUUGACCUGAUAUCGUCUGACUAUGUAAAGCACGACAGUAGUCUUAAACAAGACAUUUAAUUCAUUCGCACCAAGACGUAAUAUUGAGAUGAGUUCAAUAUCAGCUCAGGCACUCAAACGAUUCCGAGUGCAAUUAGGAACACAGUAAAUAAGCAAGAGUAGCUAAACAUGCAGAGUUACCUUUUGUACACUGAAUUAUGUCUCUCUGAUUUUGUGUUACCUGAAAACUGCAUUUUUCAGAGUCGAUAACUGAUUUUUGUCUGUAUUGUGUUUAAUAUGAAAUAUAAUGAAAAAAAUCAUAGAAUACAUGAAUUAUUUGGGGAAGGGAAACUAAUUAUUUUUUCACAUCAAAUGCACGCCGUUUGAAAUCAAGUCGUCAUACCGCCGUAUCGCACGGCAAAGCUUAUUAUAUUAUAAACACUGCGCCGAGUCGAAGUUAUCGGUUAUUAUGCCCGAUAGGAGAGCGGCAUUCGGAUCAGUUUAGGUUGGGCUGUGUUGGCACAAUCCAAAAGGAAGCCGCACUGUAUUUAUGAUGUGUCGAAUCCCAUGCAUAAUUUAUUGCAACGUUUUUCGAUGCAACGCUUAUGAUUUCCUUAUAACUGAGUGGUGAGAACAGCCGUGGGGAACUUUUUUUAACCAAGUUUCAACCUAACUCAUUACAGUAUUAGUAUAGGUAAUCAAAUGACUUCGAGUGCAAUUUGGAAUAAUUAAGCACGAGUAAAUUAAUUUUUUUUUGGAAGACUGACAAAAUUGUAGUAUUUUUCUGGUGCAAUUUGUAGUCUUUGAAAAAUUUACUAGUGAAGAAAUGUAAAAUGGUUUCCGUGUUUACAUAGCCUGAUGUAAACACGCGGGAGGUUGGGAGAACACGAGAUAAGCGUAGGAAAGCAGCUUGUGCGUUCGAUCAAAACAACCGCGUACGAUCAAAACAAUAAUAUACAAUGAUAUUUAACAUCUUUUAAUAAAUACUCCCUCGGGUUUUGAAACUCGUCUGCAACCGUAUAAACAAGCUUGUAAUGGUUUUGUAAACACAACUCUUUUUUCAGGCAUUUUACUUGAUUUCCAAAACCUAAAUUUUGCUUCUUGCUUGGAUAGGUAGUGCCAGCGAGCAUUAUGGGAUUAAUUCUGGCAAUCAGAUCCAGACGUUCCCCGAUUCUGGUGAGAAUGAUUACAAAUUUAUAUGUUAUUAGAAAGAAACUAUGGUGCUGAGUCGGUGGGAGAGUAUAGCAGGUAAUUUAGUGUUAACAACUAGGUUGAAAACGUAAAUUGGCCACCGUAAAGAGUAAAAAAGCUGACGUUUCGAGUGUUAGCCCUUCGUCAGAGCAAUAGGAGGAAUCGUGGGUUGUGUGUGGGUUUAUGGUGGCCAAUUUACGUUUUCAACCUAGUUGUUAACACUAAAUUACCUGUUAUAAGAUUAGUUAUGCGAAAAGAAAAUAACAUCUUACUUAAUUCUGCGUCACAGUUAAAAAAAAAAAUUCGUUAAAAAGGUUGUGGUUAUUCAUCGUGGUGAAUAAUAGUAAAAUGCCAAGUUUUCCGUUUGUCUCACGAAGUAGUCACGUGUGAUGUAGAUCGCGACGUUUCGACUGCAUACUGCCAGUCUUCUUCAGGUGAUGAGUUCGACUGGUCAUGCGUGAUCUUAUAAAGCAUGAUGCUCUUCUGUGAUUAGUUGUUUUUCAACAGCUCUGAUUGGUGCAUUUCUAUCCUUGCUGUUUCACUCAGUGAUAUGCUCCCUCGGCGGUCCGCUGUCGCAAGGCUCUCCUGUUCUUGUGUUUUUUAAUCGUGGGCAUCCAUGCUUGUGGAAUUUCUUUUCAACUAUCCCUGUUGAUGUUGUGAGGGUGAAGUCUUAUAUGGAUUGCCUCUUUGACCCUGCGCGUGUAGUAAUAAGGGUCACGAUCAAUAAACCUUACUUCGUUCCAGCGUGGCUUGUGUCCGGUGUUGUGAGCAUGCUCUGAAACGGCAGAGGUCUCGGUAUGGGCGAGUCGGAUGUCUCGAUCGCGCUCCUUAACCGCAGUAGCUUUGAACUCGCUGGUGGGUUUGGCACUGUUGUUUGGUUUUCCGGUCCUGGUAAGUUUCUUCAAUAAAGAAAAAGGAUAACCGUUAGAAACCAGAACAGAUGACAGAUAUUUUUUUCUCCUCGGAGAUGACAGAGGGUUUUGUUACGAGACGUUUGGCGCGCUCGUGAAGGCACCUAGCAAUACCACGUUUUUCUGAUUGAGGGUGGUGUGAAUCAUACGUUAAGUAUUGAUCGGUGUGCGUGGGCUUCCUGUAUGCGCUGGUAGUGAGGCGGCCGUCAGGUUCUCUUAAAACUUCGGUGUCUAGGAAGGCGAGUUUGUUGUCAUUCUCUGUCUUCAUGGUGAAGCGGAUGGAAGGCUGCUGGUUGUUUAGAUGCUGUAAGAAGUCAUCCACGUUUUCGCGAUCCAGGAUGGUAAAGGUAUUGUCCACGUAGCGUUUUCAGAUCCUAGGCUCGUAAGAUGAUGUAGUUAUCGCCUAUUCUUCGAAACUCUCCAUGUAGAGGUUAGCUAAUGAACAGCGGAAACCGGACUCCCCAUGGCGGCGCCGUCUUUUUGCUCGUAAAUCGAUCCGUUAUACUGGAAGUAUGUGGAACUCAAUAUGAAGGUCAAAAGGUCAGCGAUCUGUACAGGCGUUAGCGUGGUGCGGUCUGCAAGGCUAGGGUCGUCCUCGAGUUUCUGCAGUGCAGCUUGUACAGCGGCGUCGAUAGGAACGUUGGUAAACCGCGACUCUACGUCGAAAGAUACCAUGAUCUCGUUGUCUAGGAUCAUCUUAUUGCUGACGGUGGAUACGAAGUGAGCUGAAUUUGUCACCGUAUACCCUGACUUUCCUGUUAGAGGAGACAAGAUGUUGGCUAAGUAAGCGGAUACAUCAUAUGCAAAGGUGUGUUUACGCACGACACAAUAGGUCUUAGCGGUAUAUCGGCCUUAUGGAUCUUCGGUAAACCGUAGAUUAUAAGCGGCUGUUUGUGUCGGGGUCUGAUCUUGUUGUAAACGGCCUCUGAUAGAUUUCCACUUCGCUUCAAGCUAAGCAGCUUUUCCGAUAACUUGCAGGUCAGACGGUCUGUCGGAUCUUUGUUAAGGAGCUGGUAUGGUCCGUUCUCAAUGAGCGUAGACAUCUUAGCUCGGUAGGUGUCGGUAUCCAUGACUACACUAGCGCGCCCUUUGUCUGCCGGGAGAAGACUAGAAGUAUGCAGUCGAAACGUCGCAAUCUACAUCACACGUGACUACAUCGUGAGACAAACGGAAAACUUAGCUUUUAUUUUUAAAACAGUUGUUCACCAACGUGAAAGUAAAUUUCCAGCACUUAAGGUUACUUCCCAUCUUCAGAGGCCGAAAAAAAUCGUUUUUCCUUUCUUCCUAUAAGAAAUCGUUUUGAAAUCUUUAAAAGCACCCGAGUUAUUUAGAUAAACGUAUUUUCAAAUAAAAAUUAUUAAAUCAGGAGGGUGUAAUAAUCUCGUACCUAAGCAAGUCCCCUGGGGGAAUUUUCGCGGCAACCGCUCGACUUGGGGCUCGUUUUUCAAAUUAUUUGUAUAUUUUGUUUGCAUUGCCCACUUCACAACAGAAUGGUACUCUUUCUCUCUUCUUUGUGCCUGUUUUCUCUCUGUUUGUUUGUUUUUUUUGUUUUUUUUAUACUGGACUUUCUUCCGCUUUUGAUUUUUCCAUGAGAAAAGAUAUUUCCAUAAGCAAAGAGCAUCCAUAUUUAUAUUUGAAGCUCAGAAAAUGAUUGCCUUCUCCUGUGAUGUCAUGAUUUCAGAUAAAUUGGCUCACUUCAAUUAGUAUUGCCUCUGUUGUGGUUUCUGCGGUGGUACUUGAAGCGUAUUCGUGGGCUCUGAAAGCUUUAUUGAGUUUCAAGUACGACAAAUACGAUAAUACAGAGGUUUUUUCCUUCUUUGGGGCUAAAGACACAAAAAUCAAGUUUGAAGACCAGGAAAACACCAUGAUAGCCAUACAUGCCUUGAUUGUCAUAUUUACCAUCUGUGAGAUCAUUCUAGCCCUGGCAACUGCUCGGAGCGGUGAAACUGGGUGUCAGUCGCCGCAGGAAAAUCAGGUAUGUUGCACUACUCAGAGAAGAGUUAUAAACCUUUUACACCUUAACAUCAGAAUACAUUUUCUCCAUAACAUUCUCUAUACAUUUCCUAUGAUAUUGACAAAGAGAAUUUGUUAAACGAUUAAGAUCCUCUUUAGUUGCUGAUCAUUUCCUUUAUUCUCAUGACCUCAAUCAGUCUUAAGGGUUAAAGUGUUAAUCGAAUAGGGCACUGAGGUCUAAAAGUAUAGGCUCUCACUUCAUUUCCUCUUCAUCAUCCUUUGCUUUCGCUCGACGACUUACUUCCUACGUCUCACCUUACCUCCCUUCGCCAUCCUCCAUCCCUUUCGCCUCCCCCCCUCCCCCAACCUCACCUUCCACUCUUUCUCUCUUUAUUCCUCCCUCUCUUUUUCUCUCUCCUGUUCCCUCUCCCUUUUCUCUCCCUCCUUUCCAUCUCUCUCCAGUCCUCCCUCCCUUUUCUCCUCCUCCCAUACCUCUUUCUUUACCUCCCUUCUUUCAUUUUUUCCUCUAUUCUUUUCAACCUCUUCUUCUAUCCCUCUUCCCUCCAUUCCCUUUAUUUUUUACCAAAUUUCUCCCUCCAUUCCUCCGUUUCUUUCUUUCUUCCUUCAAUUCUUCUUCUCCUCCACCUUCUCUUUCAUCCCUCCCUUCCUUCGUCUUUUUGUCCUUCUCUUUCUCUUUCUGUCUUUCCUCUUUUCCUUCAUUUCUCUCCCUCUUCUUCCCUGUCUAUCUUUCUGCCCUUCCUCUCUUUUUGUCCCGAUUGUGCCCGUAAAAUGCUAGAAGGUUGCUCUCUGGACACCAAAAAGGAGCUAAAAAAUUGACAAAAGUUCAAAAAGUUGUUACCUAAUGUUUAAAAAAGUGGUCACCAAAAUUUCUUGGUAUUUUUAUACAAACGUUAAUUAAAAGCUAUAUUUUUCGAUCUGCGCAGUAAUAAACUUGGUUUUAAAGAGCUGCUCGCGAAGAAAGGCGGCCUCUAACGAUUCAUUUCUCAACGGUGGUAACAACUGUUUGACUUUUUGGCACUUUUUCAGCAACGUUUUCGUUGUGUUGUUCAGCAAACAACUUUCAAGCAUUUUACGAGCACAUCUUCCCUACUUUACCCUGAUCCAUUUUCUCUCCCGUUCUUUCUACUUCUCCUUUUCCUUCUUCUUCUCGAGCUCGUUAUGCAACUUGACAUUUCUAUUCUCUAUUUUAGUCUGGCUAUCCGUAUCAUCAUAUCGAAAGUGGACAAGUACCGAUCCAACUGCAGGCUUUUCCAACACAAGCUAUGAUGACCAUUCCGAUCUCUGGAGUCGACUAUAGGAAUGGUGGCCUCCAGCAGCGCAUGUAGUCACUGAAUGUCCGUUUGUUUGUUCAGUGGCGCUUUUUUUAAAAAUAUCAUAUUGGGCUGAAAAGCAACAGUAUGAAUGUAUAACCAACGAUAAAGGUGCCAUCUCGUGCCAACAACUUACGUAACGUGACUGUAACGUAACGCAAAUGAAUAGUAUUCUAACAAGGCUUCAGAAGCCAUUAUGUAGUAGAAAUACAGAAGCAUAUAACAUAUCAUAGAGAGCCAAAAGAAAGGUUAGCAAUAAUAAUUGCUUAGGGUUAGACCCACCCCUCAGCCCAGUUGUUUUUCUAGUUUUAACUUCAACCGAGGAUUUGCUUUCUUUGAUAUUUGAAUGACACUUGCGGGUCAGGAAGAACUAACCUGCAGACGGAUUUAAGGUCAGCAUAGCCUAUCUCGUUUUAUAACACAGCUAACAGAGCCGUGCCAUCAAAUUCAGUAUACGUAAGCGUGCUCGAAAUCCCGAUGGUGCACGCUGAUAGCGUGAGCAAAUCGCUUGGCCAGAAUUUUUUUUUUUUCGCGCGAGCGGCCAUUGUUAGCACGGGGAAAAAUAAUAUAUUUCGCGACAAUAAUGGAUACAAACGGACACUCCGCCCACCAGUCCCAAAACGAAGCCAAUUUUCCGACCUUUUUCCUUGGGCUAGAGUUCUUAAAUGAGGCAGAAAAAGAGAAAAAUAACGGAAAAGGAGACUCGGCAUCAGCGCCGUCACUAAAUUUGGAUCAAAUUUUAGCCACUCUUGUUAACAUUUACUGUCAUACUGUUUUCAGUGCUUACUCAAACCGUUUUGCAACGAUCUAUUUUCGGUAAUCGAUGUACUUUUUGAAGCAUUUUGACUUAUUUUGACUCUUUGCUCAAAUUUUGAGCGAACUGUACGUUUUCUCACAGAAACUGAAAAUGUGGCGUGUUGUAAAUUAACCAAUAAAAACGCACGUUUUCUUCUCUGUAGUCAAGAGAAUUUUGUAUUUAAUCAGGAAAUAAUUGUUAAAUAUAAAGUGCCAUUCUUGAGCGUGAUUUCUUUUUUAAAAAUAAAGAAUUAUUUUUUUUAAUGCAGUAAAAUAAAACUUGAGCUUUCAACAGAAAAUUCCUAUUUGAUUAAUAUUUCGGCUUACCGCGAACAAUCACUUCUGAUAUUGUUGUCCGUUUUUCGUGUCGGAUUUGAUGCACAAUUCCACCGGCUAUGUUAUAAAACAAUUGGUUCAUGCUUUUAGCUGUGUAUUAUCGAGUUAUGGAGCACGUGGGAAGUUUGGAGAGCACCCAAGAAGCUAGAGCCUUGUGAUUUCAAAUCGAACUCGCGCUGCGCGCUUGUUCGAUUUUGAAAUCACGCGUAUGAUUUCAGCCCAAAUUGCACUCUACUCAGUUCAAUUACCAUUAUAAACACUCGAAGAGAAAUUCCAUAUCUACGCGUGCCCAUGUAUUAUUCUCUAUUAAACUGUGGUAUUUUACAAGGAUUUCCAGCCCUAAGAAAAAACCGUAACAGCACAGGUGAGAAAUUGCGAUGAUUUUUUACGUGUGAGAUAUUUUUCAAAGGCUUACCAAGCCUUGAAAAACUGCCCGUCAGGCGGGUGCAAGUUGUAGUCUUUAAAAAAUUUACAAGUUCUGAUUUGUCCCAAAUUUUACGAAAGCAAAUCUUCUGAUGACCUGUUUAUGAUUUACAAAAUUUAUUUGACUCUCUUUGUCGUGCUUAUUUCGUGUUAUGGCUCACUGGUUCGGUCGCUUGUCCCGCAAGAACUUCCUUCCGGCUUUUAAACAUUGUGUCGCGAAUAAUCAAGCUUUGACACUCUUUUUCAGUUUGGUAUCGCUUAAUGGUAGUAACCAGCACACAAAGGCCAUCACGCCGUGACUCUGAGCAGCAUUCCAAGACCUUUCUUAACUCUGUAAAACACGUCAACUAGUGUAAUUGUGCUUCAUGAGGCUUCCAUUCAUUCUCAACCACGUUGAAUGUAUAUGUGCAAUUAUUCACGGUGGAUAGACCAGAUACAUUUAUCUUGAGACCAUAUUCAACUCGCGCUGUGAAAUAGCUACAAAAUGUUUUUUUAGAGGAAUUAGCAACUUCUUGUGAUGCCUCACGAUUUGUCUUUUUCUUGGCUCUUUGCAGAUGAAUUUCUCGCAGUCUGUGAGCGUAUAGCCUAUGCUGCAAUAUCAGCGAUAACCGUGUACCACUACAUGUAUAGUAUUAUUUGGUAAGUCAGUCAAUCAGUCAGUCGUUCGGUCGGUCGUUCAAUACGUUGAUCGACAAUCAUUAAUAUCCUUAACUGUCAGUGCAUUCAUAAACAAUAUCAUCAUACAAUUUUUUAAGCUUUGCAAUUACUGAUCAUCUCGUAAACAGACAAGUAGGAAAACUUUGAUUGCCCAAUUGCCUUGACUGCACGGAUGUAUAUAAACGAUAUAUCACAAGAUAUUCCUCAAAUCUUACUGAAGCACAUUGGAUCCCAAGACGUGUUUAGAGGGGAGGAGAUAUUCACAUUUUUAGACGUUUUAAUAAUUAGUUUGACCUUCAAAUUGACCGCUCAAAAAGCUGUCACGUAGUACG